CGCUUGGGCUGGAGCGGAUCGAGGCAGCAUUAGUUGCGCCUGAGGAUAUGGAAGCAUGGAAGCAGCAGUGCGUGAGGGCGUGAGGCAUAGCAAGAGCAGCCAGUUAUGGUAUAUCACAGGAGGCUUAUCCCCCAUGCCCACACAGCCUUGCCAGCGCGCGCCUGUCGCCAGGGCGGACUGAAUUGGGGGCGGAAACAGCUGCAGGCUGGUGCAUGGGCAGGCAGGUGGGUGCGCUGCACGAAUGAUGGCUACCCAUCCAUUGUGGGGCUAGGCAGACCCCAGCCGGACAGGUGGGCUAUCCAUCAUUUACAAAAGCUGCAUGAACUACACUGCAGUCAGCCUGAGUUUGCAUCAACUACCAGUUACUAUCCGAUCAAGCUUGCCACAUCCUCAUUAGAACCGUGCCCACAACCUAGUUUGACCGGUAGAUCACGAACAGGAGCCGAAGUGACCAGCUCUUACUUGUAAGAUCAAUGGUUCUUGUUGAUGUUCUUAAGUUGCCUUCGUCCACUGGACAAUGGUCUUCUGAGCAAGUGGAACUAGAAUAUUUAACGGGCGAAGCGCACCAGCUCUCCUGCUACAUUUUUCUCACCAGGACUGCCUACCCACAGCGUGAAGCAGAGCGGAAGCAGUUGCUGCGAUGUUUCAAUGUUCCUCGCAUGGUUUACAUGGACAUGGGCUAUCGAUGCAACGGAUACUUUGGAAGCAGAGAGAGCCACGAUAAGGCGGGUCGUUUAGAAGGCUACUUCACAUGGUUUCGAUGUCUUGUCAAGAUCGCACGUAGCACUCCACAGGCUGGCACUGGAUACACCUGGUCCGAGAUGACCUUCUUCAGCCGCUGGGAGUCUGGUCACUGCAUGAUGCUCUGCGUGGAUACACCAGACGGCUUCCAAGAGCAAUUGGAACAGAUCAUGGAAAGCGAGCAAGGGGCGCUUGACCUGAACGAUCCGUUCGCCUUACACAUGCCCCUGAUGGACCAGAUUAUCACUUCUUACGAUCAGUCUGUGUGGAAUAUUCGUGACCUAAUCCGUCGGGUGGAAAAGGAGAGGGAGAACGACUGGGCCAUCGAUGCAGACUUUUCAGAGUUGCAUGAGAUUUCUCGACAUGCAACCCAUUCUACAGAGACGCUUUCUGUAACGACAGAAUCGAUGAAGGCGAUGCGGGAGCGGCACAAAGACUUUCACGAGCGCUCACACUCCACUACCAUAGCGAACAAUGCCUGCUGGACAAUGACGCAACAGCGAAUGGACUUCCAGGCGCAGCUCAUCCGGAACUUGAAGCUGCGCUCGCGAGCGAACCAAGAAAGGCUCCAGAGUGAGAUUACGCUUGCCUACAAUGUGAUCACGCAACGCGAUAGCAAGGUCAUGGUGGAGAUCGGAGCAGCAACCAAAAGCGAUAGCGCCGCGAUGAAAACGGUAGCAAUAGUGACAAUGAUCUUCUUGCCGGCAACCUUUACUUCAGCGGUCUUCAGUAUGAGCUUCUUCGACUUCUCACCUGGCGACGGCACGCAGGCGGAUGAGUGGAGGGUCUCGAGUAAGAUAUGGAUAUACUGGGUUGUCGCCAUUUCACUGACUGGAUUGACGCUGUUUGCUUGGCUGUUCUGGAGGCGGAAGAGAGGUCAAAUGUUCGCAAUUGGUAGAUUUCGGGAGCGCCGCGCUCAUCGUUUGCAGGGCAUGCAGCGCGAGAAAGCGUAG